CCCAGUUGGGCCCAUCAUGCCCAUCACUGCCCAUGGCGCCAUCAGGGCCCAAUUCACCUCAUUACACGCGAUCGAUCUGUCAUACAACAUUAACCCAGGUUCCUCUCCCGAGCAACCAAUGGUCUUCUCCCACUGACCAACAACAGCAGGAUGGCUUGACCUAUUUCUUCACUUUCCUUUUCUUUUCCUUCCUUGUCAGGAGCUGUAGGCUAAGCAGUUUCCGCAAAAAUGGCCGAGAAUUCAACACCGUCGAGCAGCGAGACGCGUCCCAAUUUCCUCGUCAUCGUGGCUGACGACCUAGGCUUUUCCGACGUAGGAACGUUUGGAGGAGAGAUCAAGACGCCUCAUAUCGACGGCCUGGCACGAGACGGCAUCAGAUUCACCGACUUUCACGCUGCUGCUGCAUGCUCGCCCACGAGAUCUAUGCUCUUGUCGGGCACAGAUAACCAUGUUGCAGGGUUAGGGGCUAUGUCCGAGUCAAUACGAGAAUUCCAGAAAGGUCAACCCGGAUACGAGGGCUAUCUGAACGAUGCAGUUGUGGCUCUUCCAGAGCUCCUCCAUGACGCAGGCUACUUGACCCUGAUGUCGGGGAAAUGGCACCUUGGACUGACUCCAGACCGUUACCCUUCUCGGAGAGGUUUUGAUCGGUCUUUUACCUUGCUGCCUGGGGCAGCCAACCAUUAUGGCUGGGAGCCACAGGUGGAAGAGAAGAUGCCCGGGUUCCUAGCUCGAAACAGCUCCUUCUACGUGGAAGACGACACGAUUAUCGCACCAGCAGACCUGCCCGCCAACUUCUAUUCUUCCGAGUCAUUCGUCACCAAGUUGUUGCAGUAUAUGGAAGAGCGCAAUGACAAGCAACGGCAGCAGCCGUUCUUUGCCUACCUUCCCUUCUCGGCACCACAUUGGCCAUUGCAAGCUCCAGAGGCAGACUGUCUAGACUAUCGUGGAGUAUAUGAUGAUGGGCCAGAGGCGCUGAGGCAAAGGCGGCUGGCUCGGCAAGAGGAAUUGGGCCUCAUUCCACCUAACACCCGACCUCAUGAUGUUAUCACUCCGGCGGUCGAUCGGCCUCUCACAAAAGGGUGGGAGGCCUUGACUGAGGUGGAGCAGAAGUUCUCGUCCCGGACCAUGGAGACUUUUGCCGGGAUGGUGCAGAACAUGGACCGACAAAUUGGCCGCGUCAUUUCUUAUCUCAAAUCCACGGGGGAGUUUGACAACACUGUGGUCCUCUUCAUGUCUGAUAACGGCGCGGAAGGGUUGUUGCUCGAGGCUUACCCUGUGGUGACGGAGAAUAUUUUUGAUUAUAUUGAACGAUAUUACGACAACAGUCUGGAUAAUGUUGGCAGGUUCAACUCAUACGUUUGGUACGGGCCUCGGUGGGCUUCGGCGGCAACAGCUCCCUCACGACUCUACAAAUCCUUCUCUUCUGAGGGUGGCAUCCGAGUCCCCUUUAUCCUACGGUAUCCGAAGUUGACGUCGUCUCGUUCCGGUCAAGUCGACACCUCCUUCGCGACGGUCAUGGAUGUCAUGCCCACUUUCCUCGAACUAGCAGGAGUACAGCAUCCUGGGAACACCUACCGAGGGCGUCGGAUCAUGCCCAUGAGAGGAAAAUCAUGGCUGUCCUAUUUAACCGACCCUCGGCAGAGGCAUAUUCACGAUGAGGAAACGGUGGUAGGAUGGGAGCUGUUUGACCGGCAAGCUCUGCGCAAAGGGCGGUGGAAGGCCGUCAUGAUCCCGGAGCCAUAUGGUCCUGGGAAAUGGCAACUUUACGAUCUGAGUUCGGAUCCUGGGGAAACCGAGGAUCUGGCAGCUCAAGAACGUGAUAAGCUCCAAGAACUUCUUAAACACUGGGACGAAUAUGCAAAGGAAGUCGGAGUUGCAGGCGCUGCGCCACAAUAUGGAGUCCUUCAGGUAGCAGAUUGAGGCCUGCACAAGCGGUAUUGCUCUUGCAGACGUUCUGUGUCUCGACAAUACUGCACCACACCAGCGAUGUGGUCUGGCCGCAAGUCUCGAACGUCGAGCGAAGUCUCGGUCAUUGCGGCAAUGGUGUCGACCUUUGUGGGAUAUGCGCCAGCGACGAGGUGGAGAGCUUCAGGAGCCCCAAGCCUAGUGAGCCAGAAACAAUGUGAUCGGAAUAAGGGAUUCUGAGGGAGAGGGAUGCAGGAGCGAUAUCGAGCAGACGAGGCCAUAUUACCUUACCUUACCUGGUGUUACAAGUUGCGUAACAUGAAUGUAAUGACAUUCGUGACGGGCUGUCGACUAUCGAUCGGCUAACAAAUUUUGCGCAUACGGUCAACGCAAAUACGGCAAUACCACGGGUGAGAUGGUGGUGGCCGAGGUGGCCUGUUGUGGAACUGUGAGGGGGUACCAACCGUGCUUUCUCCAGGCAGGAGAAUCCCCACGAUCAGGUCCAGAAUGCCACAGUCAGGGCAUCCAUCUCUUUGCAUUACCGGUGACGACUGGGUUAUCAUUGGGGCAAAGGACAUGUCUGCAAUACGGAAGUUGAACUCAGACUAUCCCUGAGUUCUGCCUCUAGUCGCGCAAUGGGUCGAGUGUGAUGAAGCAACAAAGGGAGACUCCCAGGAACAUGUUGACGCAAGGAUUAAUCGCACGUCUAUUCUCCGGUUUGGUCUACUGCUGUGUGAAUGAGGUACACGACGCUUCCCGCAUUGGGAAUAUGGCUACACCGUAUGCUUCAGGACAAGCGGCGUGUGGCUGGAGAUGCUGCAGAUACCGCCAUGGUGUGCCCAUUCACAUUCUGGACUUCUUAUCAGGACACUCCUUUGGUCGUAGUCGAAGUCAUAUCAACCCGCAUACACACCUCUCUAUUUAGAUAUAUCCAUUGCAC